GAGAAUCAAAACCCAACAGUGUAAAUUCACUUCCUUUUUUGUCAACUAAAAAGCCAAAGAAAGUAGAAAAAACCACCGGAGAAGAAGCCGGAAUCAAUCAAGGUGAUGGGUUUCACGAUGGGCUUGAACCUCCUCCUCCUCAUGGCUAUGGUGGCCACCAACAUCCUCUCCCUCUACCACCUCUCCUCCACCCUUGUAUCCUCUAAGUCCCCUAGCCCCAUUCACAGCCCCGUUCCUGACCACCUCCUCCAACAGCUCCGUACUAUACGCGCCACUAUCAACCACCUCACGCGCCACCAGCCUUCCUCCGACACUGCUAGCACCACUGGAGGAAAACCCUCCAGUUCUGCCGUCCCACAAGAUCUCCUCCUCUACUCCCAUCUCUCCUCCAUUGCUUCCUCUUGCCACAACCACCCUGACCUUCUUCAUAAGUACAUGAGCUACACUCCUUUCUCAAUUUGCCCACAUGAUCCCGAGCUUCAGGAGACCCUGAUACUGAAUGGCUGCCAUCCACUCCCUCGCCGGCGGUGCUUCUCCAAAACCCCUUCUAAACCCCCUUCUCCCAUUCCCCUCCACCCCUUUCCGACUUCUCUCCCUGAUUCCGGCGUUAUCUGGAGCAAAUACGCCUGUAAAUCCUUCGCCUGUCUUUCAGAGAAACAACCAGGGUUUGAUCUCAAAAAACAACGGCAGACCCUGGUGACUUUCUCUUCUGAACUCGAUCUUCCCAUUCCUCAGUUCAUUCAAAUAGCCAAGUCGGCGAAUUCAGUGAUUAGGCUUGGCAUUGAUAUCGGCGGUGGGACUGGAACCUUCGCUGCGGUAAUGAAAGAGCUCUACAAUAUGACGGUGCUCACCACAACGAUGAACAUUAAUGCGCCGUACAAUGAGGCGGUGGCUUUGAGGGGGUUGGUGCCAUUGCAUGUUCCGUUGCAGCAGAGGUUGCCGGUGUUCGAUGGGGUGCUCGAUCUGGUCCGCUGUGGACGGGCGGUGAACAGGUGGAUACCCCUGGUGGUGAUGGAAUUCAUGCUUUAUGAUAUAGAUAGAGUGUUGAGGGGAGGUGGGUACUUGUGGCUGGAUCGGUUCUUUAGCAGAAGAGUGGAUCUGGAGAAGGUAUAUGGGCCGAUGAUCGGAAAGUUGGGAUACAAGAAAGUGAAGUGGGCAGUUGCAAAUAAGACAGAUUCCGGUGGAUUGAAGCAUGAGGAGGUUUAUUUGACUGCUCUGCUCCAAAAGCCGACAUCAAAAUGAGGAGAAAGAUCACUGAUUUUUGAGGUGUUCCUAUCAGAUCUAAUUUGGUGGGAAACAUAAGACUCUGUCUAAUUGUCUAAGGAUGAACAUCACUCACUCGGGUGGAGGACAGUGUAAAAUCAGGUAAAGAGGGUAGAUUUGGGAAACAAUUCCCACUAAUACCAAGUCAUAUUUAGCAGCUUAUGGAUGAUGUAAUUGUAAAGAAUGUAGAUUGCAAGAAGUUCAAUUGGCUGGAGGACAGUAUGAAUGAAAUCAGGAAUCAAGGAAGAGGAGGUCAAGGUGGAUCAUGGAUAAUUCUUAUUCUUUUUUAGAAUGAUUGUUAUAUGUUGUUUCUUCAAAUAAACCCGUAGAACAUAAUAAUAAUUUUCAGUUGGCAAG